AUGUCGCUCCGCGCACGCUCCGCAUCGCAUGGUACAGCACCACUGCAGAACCUCACAUAUUUGCAACAACCUCACGCUCAGAAUUUCAGAUCUGUUCAAGCAGACUCUAGUAGCUCUGGUAAAGUUGUUGUCCUGAACGGAUUUCCAGGCACAGGCAAAUUCACAAUUCUUAAACGACUUCAAAAACACCUCCCCAGCGACGGGACCUGUCUGCUUGAUAACCAUCUACUCAUCGAUCCGGUGGCUGCAGUAAUUCCCGACCGAAGCGACAGACACCACGAGCUUCGUCGCUUAGUUCGAGCCCCUAUCUUUGCAGAGUUAGGUAAACGUGCAGCAGAGGGCGACACUAUUCUCAUGACAGCAUGUCUGGCCGCAAAUAAUCAGAGAGAUGAAGACUUUUUUCACGAACAUCUCGAAAUUGCUCGCAAUAAAGGCGUCCCAAUCUACUGGAUCAACCUACACUGCGAUCCCGCUAUUCUUGAGAAGCGACUCUCGACCCCUGAACGCCAGGAGGGCAGCAAGUCGAAAUUGACAGACGUGUUCGUUUUGCGCAACAUCAUUAAAAGCAACGAACUCAUCGAGUUUACCAAUAAAGAAAACGACGAUAUAUGUUUGAUUUAUCGGGAAUUGGAUGUGAGCGGCUCUGUGGAAUCGUCUGUCGAUCGUUUGAAGGACAUACUUGGGCAGGUGUCUUGA